AUGCCAAUGGUCAAGAAUCUUGAGAACGUUCAUCAGGAGUUGAUGGAUAUUGCCAGAGAAUCCAACCGUCUGUCUCAUACCAAAUACACUUCUGAUGAUGUUGAAAAGCUCCAAAACAGACUUCGUCAAAUUGACUCUCAAUACAAUGAAGGCACUUUUAGCAAUCCUGAAAUGAACUCUGGCCGUUACGAAGAAGAUGGCAAUGCCCAGGUGGUCCAUGAACUCGAAAAGGUUCACAACACGCUUCAUCGUAUGCUCUCUCGCAUUGAUUAA